AUGAAACAGUGCUUCAAAACUAAGCGACGUCUAUCCACAACCUGGAAAUUUAGAAGGGCCAGAUUAUGGGCGAACUCAAGAAUAGGCCUACCGAGUUCAAUAGAACUCCCAUGUAACCCAGGGGGUACGGGAAAAGAGCAACGUCAAGUGGUGACGUUGUGGAGCGGAAAGACUGUGGCAGGGGAGAAGAAAGAGCAAACCCAGACUGCUCUAAUUGUGCUGGAACUAGAGAUUGUGAUGACUCGAGGAGAAACAAAAGAAAAAGAGACAAAAGAACCAAAGAUUGCGUCCACCUCGGAUCUGAAAGAACAAGGGACCGUGAGAAUACAGCUGCCACCAUUCCCUCAGAGACUUAAAAAGAACAAAAAUGAUGAGGUACAAUAUCAACGCUUCACGGAUAUGUUAAAACAGUUGCAUAUUGACAUUCCGUUCACUGAAGUAAUUGAGGAGAUGCCUGCAUAUGCGAAGUUUUUAAAGGAUAUGUUGACAAAGAAGAAAAGCACUAGUAAGUUCGCAACGGUGGCUUUGACGCAAAGUUCAAAAUCUAUAAUCUCUCCAAAAAUGUGUGACCCUAGAAGUUUCACUAUACCUUGCACUAUUGGAGGGUUAUACAUCAGUCAAGUGUUAUGUGAUCUCGCGGCCAACAUCAACCUGAUGCCCCUGUCAAUUUUCAAGCAGCUGAAUGUGAGGCAGGUUGUGCCCACGACGGUGACUCUCCAAUUAGCGGAUCGAUCUCUUGUGCAUCCAGAGAGGAAGGUGAAGGAUGUUCUAGUUCCAAUCGAAAAAUUUAUGUUACCAGCAGACUUUAUCAUCCUGAACUACGAAGCAGACAUGGAUGUACCCAUCAUUCUAGGGCGACCAUUUUUAUCCACUGGUCGUGCUUAG